GGGGCCUGCCUUCGCGGCAAACCGCUCGCACCCGGUUUGCCGAGGAAAGCGAGUGGCGUUCGCGUAAUGUACCCCAGCGGGUUGCCGUCACUCGACGCCAGGGGGCGGCCGUUUUGAGAGUAGCUUGUUUCGGAAAGAGUUUCGGAUGGCCGUUUAGAACGGGAUCGCGACCGUCCCUCGGCGACCGUGACAUUUUUUUCGAGAAUCUCUCGAGGUUGACAGGACGGCGCGCGAAUUUUCAAUUUCUGUGGCACGAAUGUUGAAGACGAUCUCGAACUGCUUACGACAGCGGCUGCAUCCGUUGCAUGAUCGAACGAAAGCGACACUGCUGUCACGUGUCUCUUCUGUCCAUCUGCGCUGGACGUGAGGAACUGGCGAAGCACGUGUACAGUCUUCGAGGAACCGAUCGAUAAUCAGGCCGGCAUAUAGAUGCGCCAGCUGGUGUCUUCCUCCACGCGAAACUCUGCAAACAUGGCUGACUUGAGCAACAAUCAACAGCAGCGGGAAGCUUCCCCAGCGGGAAUGCAAACUUUGGUAAAAAAAGAACACGAUGAAGAGGAAGCCAUGGAUGUGUCCGCCGUCAGUUUGAACCAGCAACGCGGGACCCCGUCCCUUACUGCCAAUGACUGUGCCUCAGGAUCCCCACCGCAGCCUCAGCAGCUGCGGCAAGGCGGGGGCGAGUACUCCUCGGUCCUGGCCACGUCGCGAGACGUUGGAAGGGACAGUGGUGGUUCGUCCCCCCAAGCACCGAUCAUCAAGCUUGAAGUGAUGGACAACGACCAACAGCAGCAGGAGCCGCACAGUGCGAGCAUGGCGGCUCCACGAAGUGUGUCCGAACCGUCCCAGCCCAUGAUGUAUAGCAAGUACAACAGUGGUUUCGACGACAACGGCUUCUACUCGCAAGCUGCGUGCAUGGCCAGCCUGCAUACCGUGGAUGGUUCGGCGUCGACCGUGCUCCGGUACCAACCGGCCGCUUCUAGCGCGACCGUCCAGCCGUCUUCGUCAUUAUACUCCCCUCCGGUAGCCACCUCUAUGGCCAGCUCAUCGGUGAACGGCUCGCGGGACGGCGCUCUUCCGGAAGAACAAAACGUCACCUACUCUCACCUGACCCCAGCCAGCACCGAUCCCCUAAGCUACGCGCCUAGCAGUCCCAUUCGCAUGCAGACGUCGUCCACGUCGUCGGUGCUUAUGGAUCACAAGAGCUACCAUCCGUACUCGCCCCCCGAUUCCAACUCGUCCCCGAGCCCCGUCCUGAUGUCAGCGCCGAACGCCAUGUGGGCGUCGUCGCCCCAGCCGCCGCACCAUCAUGACGAGUUCGUCUCGUCGUCCAAGCUGGCCCACUCAGUGUUGGGCUUGCCUUCCAGCCGAAUCCAACACUCGUCCCACCACCACCAUCGCCACCAGCAGCAGCACCAACAGCACCAGCAGCACCAGCAGCACCAGCAGCAACAGCUGCACCAGUCCCAGAUAACCCCCCCGAGGACACCUCAGAAUGGCGGGGGUCAACAGAUGGGCAGUGCCUACCCGCACUUUCUCCAGGGAAUGGAUCACCACGUGGCACCACCCUUAGCCGUGGGAUGGAACCAGGGCGUAGACGCCGCUCACGGGGUCAUGGCUACCUACCCCGGCUACGCCGCUCCCAUCAAUGACAAGAGGCUGCCCGCAGACUACGGCGAGUACCCGGCUGACAUGGAGAUGUAUUCGAACGAGAGCCGCGAGUGCGUCAACUGCGGCGCCAUCUCGACGCCCCUGUGGCGCCGUGACGGCACGGGCCACUACCUCUGCAACGCGUGCGGACUCUACAACAAGAUGAACGGCGCCCACCGGCCGGUUACCAAGACGCCUCGAAGAGUGUCUGCGGCGCGACGAGUGGGACUGACGUGUUCCAACUGCGGCACAAACAUGACGUCAUUGUGGAGGAGGAACAACGCUGGCGAGCCUGUGUGCAACGCCUGUGGCCUCUACUUUCGUCUUCACGGGGUGAACCGGCCACAGAACAUGAAGAAGGACAGCAUCCAGACCAGGAAGCGCAAGCCCAAGAACGCAGCGGCUGGCAGCGCAAGCGCGGCCGGUGCGAGCGGACCUGUCGUCAAGGUUGAAGCGGCUGCAGCUGCCGCCGUUGCCGCCGCAGCAGCCUUCGCCGUGCAGGGUGGCGUCUUGCUGUCGACGGGCGCGGCCGACCAGUCAUCAACAUCGCAGCAGCCGCAGCCGGCUCACCAAGAGCAGGGCGGUGCGCACCACCCGCAGCAGCAGGCUCAGCUUCUGGGCUCAUCACGCGUUCCAGAAUCUGCCACGGGUGAUAUGAACAGCCUGACAAGCAAGAAUUCGACACUGCCCCACAUCAACCUCAGCCUGCCCUUCCACUACAGUCAAGCAGGGCUGACGUCCGUGGCAACCACUAGUCAUACCACCAACGCUGGCCUUGCGACCAUCACCCGUGUACCUACAGUCAUGACACUGUCCUCGUUGAUGGCCUACGGUGCUGCUGGGGGAGUUCUGCGAUCACAGAGCAACGGCCAUUACGCUCCGUCGACGCUGGCGGCCCUGGAUCCCGUGGCCGCGGCCCAGUCUGCCGAGCAGAGGGCGUCAAAUCUAAUGAGCCUUACAUCAUGAAGCGGGGAUUGCAUCACUCGAUUGAAGCUGCUUGUCUAAAGUUGCCUGUGGUGUACAUGUGCACCGAACUUGAUGCAACACAUUUUCUGCAAUAACAAUUGCCUUUUCACGCAUUUCAGUGCAAUGCGAUAGGUGCUUCGUGCGCAUGUGUGACUGUAACGAUGCCGCCAUUACACAUGACCACAAAGUGCGCUCCUUUCCCAGUGAUGCGGCAUCGCAGUAUAAUUGUAUUGAAUGUUUAUAUAAUCACUCUGAGAAAAUGUGUUACAUUAAUUUUUGUUGCCCAUGGUACAUCAAGCAGCAGGCGAUCUGUAACUUCCACUCGGAGGGCGCCUAAUGUGCUCAUUAACAACAUGGGCUUAUCAUGCCUGAGAAGCAGCAUUACCAAAGGGGGCCGUGCUUUCCCAAACUUGUUGCCGAGUGAUCAUUUGCUUCUCGCAUCCAACCACUCCUCACUUCCUACUCAUUCACACACGCACGAAGGGAUGACUGGUGUGUCCUAAAUGUAUUGUCUGCUGUGCCCCCCCCUCCCAA